UUCAAGAGUAAACAUAAACUAAUUAUUUGAGAAUGUUUAUGUUUGAAACUUAUUAUUAUUGCUGAAAACCUGCAGAAAAAAAAAUCUACCAGAAAAGAUUUAUUUAGAUUUGACUCCACGUCCGUCAGAUAAAAUGGCCACCGACCUUUUAAAGGAGCAAUACGACGACCUGAAGGAGGAAAACGAUCGAUCUCAACGGCUCAUCGGCCAGCAGAAGGAUCAUCUGGCCUCUAUGCAGAAGCAGGCCACUGUGUUAAAGAGCGAGAUUCAAGAGAAGCUAAAGGUCCCAGGUGGCGUCCUGAAGCAACGAGGGAAACACACACGCGACACAAAGCACAUCCGCAUCUUAAAAAACCAACUCAACCAGGAAACGAUUAAGUUCGACGAGUUAAUGUGCAGCAACGUGGAGUCUCGCAAAGAGAUCGCCCACCUGAUGCAGCAGAAAGGCUUAUUGGGCAACAUCCAAGAGAAGUUCAACAGACAGUUGGCCACACAGAGAAACCUCAUGGGGAAACUGGACGAGAGGUUCGCCCUCUUCUUCAACCAGAGGUCGGCGGCCGAGACCCGGAAUCUGGAGAUGAAGAAGAGCAUCAAGAUGGAGACGGCCCAGUUCGUCAGGAGAAGGACGCAGCUGAAGACGCUCAUCACCCACGAUGCAACGCUGCAGACUUUCCUGGAGACCAAACUUCAGCAAAGUCUUCCUUUGGAAAAAAAAGAAGACUCAAAGGAGAAAAAGGAACAGCAGCAGUUUCAGAACGGAGUGAAGAAGCUGGAGAUGGACGUGCAGGGACACAAAACCCUGCUGGAGGUCACCGGAGAGAGUGACCUGCGUCAGAUCGACCUCGUCUUCACCGAGAACGAGCAGAAGAACUUCUCGUAUCUCAGAUACAUCAACGAGCUGCACAACAGAAGGAACAUGAUGAGGAACAGAUCGGAGAAGUUGAAGGCGGAUAUCCUGUCCCUGGAGGAACAGAACCGAGGACACGAUGAACAGAAUGACAGCCAUCUUCAGGAACUAGAGUCGGAGUUGGAGACGUCCCGCUGUCUGUCUCUGCAGAAGCAGAAGGCCGAGCUCCAGACGCCUCUGGACCAGCUGGCCUCCGCCAUCGGCGGCCUGCUGGAAGACAUCACGCAAGAAGCUGUCAUCGUCAACGUUGACAACAUAGUCCACUUCAUCAGUGUCCUCGAGGAGAGCAUCGUCAACCUGCUGAUGCAGAGCAACCACGUGGAGGACGAGCAGAUGGAGUCGGCUCCUCAGAACGACUUUGACUUGCUGUCCGAGCUCGAGGGAGUCGUGGAAACGGUGCGCGGCUAGUCUCCGUCACGCUCGCUCACGUCGGCCUGAGCAGAAAGAAGAUGGCGGCGUCACG